CAUCUCUUCUGUAUAACAAACAACUCUGCCUUUCAAAACUUAACAACCCAUUUCAACCCCUACACAACCCACAGCCUAAGUUCAACAUGUCUAACGUAGGAAACAUCGUCGGUGGCCACAAGGCUAACCUCAACAACCCCAAUACCUCUGAGGAGUCCAAGCAGCAUUCCCGCCAGGUCCUCGAUGAGGAAUUUGACGGCGGCAACAUUGGUAGCAAUGACGAUAGCAACAAGAACCCCAACAAUGUCGCUGGCGGAUUGAAGGCUACCCUCAAUAACCCUAAUGUGUCUGACGAGGCCAAACAAAGCGCCAAGGAGAGGUUGGGACAGCAGUAG